GAUGGUGCCAGGACCCUUGAGGGGUGCAUCCCUGCUGUCCCCCGCCAUGCCCACAGCCGCCCUCCGCCUGCUCUGUGGUGUGGUGAUGCCGGCUGCCAUGCUCUGCGUCGAGCCCCUGCCCCGCGUCGCCUUCCUCAGUGGGGACCCCCGACGGACCCUGACCCAUUUCAGCCAGGACAACGUCUCCCACUAUGACAUCUUCCUCCUGCAUGAGAGCGAGGAGGAGCUGUACGUGGGGGCACGUGACCGCGUGCUGGCCCUCACCGUCGGCACCCCAGGCAGCAUCCGUGCCAAAGCCUCGAUAAUGUGGGGACCCACAGCCGAGAAAACCUCUGAGUGCGCUUUUAAGAAAAAGAGCCAGGAGACUGAGUGCUUCAACUUCAUCCGGGUCCUUGUGGCCCUGAACCAGACCCACCUCUACGUCUGCGGGACCUAUGCCUUCAGCCCCGCGUGCACCUACAUUCACCUGGAGAACUUCACACUGAUAUCCAGUGGCAGAGGACAACCUUUCCUGGAUGGGAAGGGCCAGUGCCCCUUUGACCCCCAGCACACCUACACGGCCCUGCUGGUGGAUGGCGAGCUCUAUGCCGGCACCAUGAACAACUUCCAGGGCAACGAGCCCAUCAUCUCCCGCUCGCUGGGCAGCCGGACCCUGCUCAAGACAGAUGCCUUCCUCCGCUGGCUUUCGGCUGAUGCUGCCUUCGUGGCCUCCUUCAGCAUCCCUGGAGAUGACAAGGUCUACUUCUUCUUUGAGGAGACAGCUGAUGAGUUUGAUUUCUUCGAGCGGCUCCUGGUGCCGCGGGUGGCCCGUGUCUGCAAGAGCGAUGUUGGGGGUGACAAGGUGCUGCAGAAGAAGUGGACGACGUUCCUGAAAGCCCAGCUGGUGUGCUCGCAGCCCGGCCACUUCCCCUUCAACGUCAUCCAUCACGCCUUCGCCCUGCCCCGCCGCAACGGUGGUGCCGACUUCUACGCUGUCUUCACCUCGCAGUGGCAGGCGGGCAGGGCGGGCAGCGCAGCCGUCUGUGCCUACAGCCAGGAGGCUCUAGAAGAGGUCUUCGAGGGCAAGUACAAGGAGCUGAACAAGGAGAGCUCCCGCUGGACGGUUUACAGCGGCCCCGACAUGAGUCCCCGGCCCGGCAGCUGCUACAUGGGUCCCUCCUCUGACAAAGCCCUCACCUUCAUGAAGGACCAUUUCCUAAUGGACGGGAAGGUGUCACCCACCCAGGGGCGGCCGCUGCUGGUGAAGACGGACGUCACGUACAAACGCAUCGCGGUGGACGAGACCCGUGGUGUCUCGGGGUCCACCUACCGUGUCAUGUUCCUGGCCACAGCGGAGGGUUUCCUGCACAAAGCAGUGGAGCUGCCUGGGGGUCCCCACAUCGUGGAAAGCAUCCAGCUCUUCGGGACGCCGGAGCCGGUGAAGAACCUACUGCUGGCCCCGGGGAAGGGCAUCCUCUACGUGGGCUACUCCGGUGGCGUCCUCCAAGUCCCAUUGGCCAACUGCAGCCUGCACCGGAGCUGUGCUGAGUGCGUGCUGGCGCGGGACCUCCGCCUACCGUGCCCCCGCCGCUCCGCCCUGGCCACCUACAGCUGGCAACAGCCCAGCAGCCGGGGGGGCCGGGGGGACACAGCGCUGCUGCCUGACCACACGCUGGUGGUCAUCAUGCAACGGGGGACUGCUGGCACCUACAAGUGCCAGGCCACUGAGAAUGGCUACACCUGGACCGUGGCUCAUUACCAGCUACGGGACCCCAGUGGGGCGGCCCCCCAGCCGGACGGGCUGGCUGAGGAGGGGUUGGCCUGGGCAUCCCCAGCCCCCGGCACCCCCCGGUCUUACUGGCCCCAGUUUGUCACCGUCACCGUGCUGCUGGCUGUGACGCUGGCCGCCGCCGCCUGCCUGGCCCUCCUCACCUACCACGACCAGCUCAAAGCCAGGAGCAAGGUGCGGGGGUGCAGCACGCCCCACAGCCCCCCAUCCCAGCGCCGGGAGAAGGUACCCCUCAAUGGAGAGACCGGAGAGCCCCCGGCACCCGGAGUCCCCACCGAGGAGGAGGAGGAAGGCUCCCGUGCUUGCUGCCUCCAGCUUGAUGGGGACAUCGAUGCUGAUAACAACAGGCUCCGUGUCCCAGCGGGGGACACAGCGUGA